UGUCACAGUACCUAAGUAAAGAAAACAAACGGGCUUUCCGUAUGCACUGCGCAUCUAUUGAUAAAGUGUCUCUAUAAAAUCAACUUUUUCAUAAUUUAUACUAGUGCGCACGUGUCCUUCUAUAAGAUCAAACUGCACUUUCUGCACACUGCUCGACUUACUGGUGGAUCACAAUUCUUUGUAAUGAUUUGGGCAAUAAUUAUAGCUUUAAUAAGUGCCCCGUUCGUGUGGUGGUUGCUUAUCUUAACAAAAUAUAAGUCUUUAAGCAAAGUGCCUGGUCCGAAACCUUCACCUAUCAUUGGAAAUUCUCUUGAUAUAGGACAAACUCCUCAAGACUUGCUCAAUAGCAUUGUAAAAUGGGCAAAAGAAUUUGGCACGGUGUAUAAAGUAUUUAUUGGGAAUGACGUAAGGGUCCUUAUUUCAAACCCUGAGAUAACGGAAUCAGUGCUCAGUUCAAAUGUUCAUAUCACAAAAUCAAAUGCUUACGACUUACUUAAACCAUGGCUAGGAAUCGGGUUAUUAAUAAGCACAGGAAAAAAAUGGAAGAGUCGCAGAAAGCUGAUAACGCCGACGUUUCACUUUAAAAUCCUUGACCAAUUCCUCGACGUUUUUAACUCCUGUGGGAAUAUUCUUGUACAAAGAUUGGCCAAGGAAGUGGGGAAGAAUUCUGUGGAUGUGUAUCCCUUUAUAAAUCUCUGUUCCUUGGAUAUAAUAUGUGAAACCUCGAUGGGAGUUAAAAUUAAAGCUCAACAGGGAAAUAAUACUGAAUACGUGGAAGCUGUUCGAAGUUUCCUUGAUAUCUUUAUCCAUCGAACGUUUUCUGUUUGGAAGAAAAUCGAUGCAUUAUUUAGAUUUUCUGGUAUGCACAAAGCAUAUAAACAAUUAUUAACAAUUUUGCACCAAUUCACGAUCAACAUUAUCGUCACAAGUCGUGAGAAAAAAUCACAGAAAAAAACAGAAAAUAUAACGCCAGAUGACGGCAUUAAACGUAAGGUCGCCCUACUUGAAAUGUUACUAGAAUCCGAAGAAAACAAAAUGUUGUCAAAUGAAGAUAUCAGGGAAGAAAUCGACACUUUCGUGUUUGAAGGACACGACACAACAACUUCUGGAAUUGCCUUCGCCAUACUCUCGUUGGCGGAAAAUCCCGAAGUACAAGAAAAGCUCUACGAAGAAGUGGUAUCAGUAAUCGACGAUAUUGAAAAUAUUACGAUGCAACAUCUGCAAGAAAUGAAAUAUUUGGAAAUGGUGUUGAAAGAAGCCCAACGACUUUAUCCAUCUGUACCGGUUAUUGAACGUCGGUUAGAAGUUGACUGUAACAUAGGUGGUUAUGAUUUUCCCAAAGAUACGUUUCUGUCGCUGUUCAUAUAUGGCAUGCAUCACAACGAAAAAUAUUUUCCUGAUCCAGAAAAAUUCGAUCCUUAUAGAUAUCUGCCUGAAAAUCAAGCACAGAGACACAAUUAUGCUUAUGUGCCCUUUAGUGCAGGCCCACGUAAUUGUAUUGGACAAAAAUUCGCAAUGCUUGAAAUGAAAACAAUCAUUGCCAAAAUCGUGAAAAACUUCAAAGUAUUGCCUGUGCCCGAUUACAAACCGGAUUUGGGAAUAGCUGCUAUUUUGAAAUCUUAUAAUGGAGUUUGUGUGCGUCUUCAGCAUAGGCAGUAAACAAUAAUAAUAAUUAUAAUAAUUAUUAGGUUAAGAACACAAAAGGAGUGUAUAUCAAUGUCAUUACGUUCAAUAAAUAUUUUUUACUUGA